GCGCCACUGUGCUGAGAUGUUCGCAGUGGUGGUAUGUGUUUGGGUGUUUUGCUUGACUGUUACCUGUUCUCCAUUCCUACUGUUCAACAAGAUUCGACAAGACUCAAAAACAAUUGUAGAUUACAAAAGUGUGGAGCUGGAUGAACAAUUGUGACCUGUUAACCGAGUUAUUUUGUUUCUGCCAGUAUCUACCAGUUUAUUUCCAAAAAAUCACAUUGCUGUAAUAGUAGACUGUUCCAACGUCAGCAGAAUUUAUCAAUUCGUAGGUGAGGGCAGGGCAAACAAUGGACAAAUCUCUGCACAUCAGGCUUCUACUUCAGAUCUUGUUUGUAAGAGUUCUUGUUCUGGUGUCAGAUUGGGGAAGUUGGGACUCCUUGAAGAGAAAAUCGAGAGGGAAUGUAUUAUUUAGAUAUUCAACAACGAAAGAGAUUUUAGGUAUUUGACAAAAGAAGAAAUGGCAACAUGAGGAAAGUUUUUCGCGUGAUUACGAUUUGGAAAGCAUUACCUUAGAUUGUGGUGGAGAAAGAUUCAAUUAAGUUACUCAAGAUGGAAUUUGAUUAUGUCUGAAAAAUAACAUGCAAGACAGAGGAUUGGCAGAUGAAUUUUGGCUUCAAAAGCCACCAUGGACAUGAUGGGCUGAAAGACCUCUUUCAAUUCUGUAAUCUUUUGGACCCAAACAAAUACAAUCCUAAUCACCAAACAAAGAAAGAGACCAGAAAUACUCUGCAAGAAACAGGGCUGCUUUGGCUGCUCAGCACAAUGUCGCAAGCAUCAAAAAAGGACAGACGAGAAUGAGGCUCAGGUGAAUAGAAGCAGGAGUGAGUGGAGCAGUGACAAUUAUAAAGAGAGGAAAGAAUGUCCAAAGACAAAGCUCGAAGAGGAUUGCCAUUACAGCACCUAACAAAUUUCAGAAUGGAUCACGUUGAAACAGUUUUUAAACUGGCUAAAACUAUUUAUUCACUCUGUGGUGAGGUUAAAAUGAAUAACAAACGAUGCCAGCGCCUGAAAGCCCGAAUCGAAUGCCUCAUGGAAAUUAUGUCCAGUAUCCUGCAGACUCAUGCAGACCUGAUUAAGCCAAAGUCUCUGAAGGAGAUGGUGGGGAUUUUGGAGAGAGCAAGGGAUUUUAUAGAAUCUUUCACCAACAAACAUAGAUUUUCUAAGCUCUUCCAGGCUUAUGAGAUCAAAGAAGAGUUCAAGCAUCUCAAUCAGCGACUAAAUGAUGCUGCCAUUGCCUUCGACGUGGAUUUGAUAAGUGAACAAACCAAGUUGCUGGUGAAUACGUUUAAAGACAAACAAAGGGGAGAAGAAGAUGAACAAGACGCAAAGGAUGAUGAACAAUAUCUGGAGAAGAUUGCAAAGAAGGUGCAAGAAGCAUUGCAUUCAAUGGAGGAGAGGAUGCAACAGGCUAUGAAUGAUGGUAUGCAGGAAAUAAAAGUGGACUUGAAGGACAUCAAACGUAUGAUUGGGUCAUACAAUGAGAAACCUUCGGCCUAUCCAGUGAAUGAUAUUUCAGAAUUAAAAAUAGAGGACAUUGAAAUGGAAAACAAACCUUUCAUGGAGGCUGACAAAUUCAAAUAUUACAACGGAAUGUUGUAUAAAUUCCCAGUGAUCAUUAAACGUUUCCUUAAUGUUGGGUUUUCCAAUCUGAAGGAAAUUCAGAAAACCUUUCACAAUGAGGCUCAGACAAUGAAGCACUAUGAAUCACCAAACAUUGUGCGUAUUUAUGGAAUCUGCAUUAAUCAGAAGGCUAAUGAGUUCUUGAUUGUGAUGGAGCACUGUGAGCUCGGGACCUUGCACGAUGUUCUGAUUGGAGAGCAGCAGCUCAGCUGGCAGACACGCGUUCGCAUGGCACUAGACGCUGCCAGUGGCUUGUACAGGAUGCACCAGUCAUUUGAAAAGUUCAAGCUUCACUGUUCCAUUGACAGCACUACAUUCCUGGUAGACCACAGCCUCAGAGUGAAGUUGGGAGGCUUGCACCUAUCAAAGACAGAGACCUCAAUCCAACGCAUCAGUACUGACAACCAGAAAUCCCAACAGAUUGCUUACAUUUCACCACAACAAUUGAACAACAUCAACUACAAAUAUGACAAGCCUUGUGAGGUGUACAGUUUUGGGAUUGUCUUAUGGGAGAUAGCCAGCCGCAAGCUACCAUUUGAAGACUGCGAUGCCAAUGUUAUCUGCCGAAAGGUCUGUGAUGAAAAGUUCCGAGAACCUCUGCCUCAUGACUGUCCCAAGGACUUAUGUGAACUGAUUGAUGAAUGCCGUGCCGAUGACCCGUUUGAACGUCCGAAAGCUGGAGCUAUUGUCGACAGGCUGAAGGGUAUUCUAAAGAGAAUUUCUGGAGCAAGUAACGCAUCAUAUGAUUGAACUCAACCAUCCCACUUAUUAUCCAGCUCUGUCAUCACUGAUGCCAAUUCCACAUUAUUACAAGCUUGCAGAGGCACUCCCCUCAACUCCCUCAGUAUCUAACUUUGUGUCAUGUCAAUAUAUUGUUUGUGACUUCCAACUCUCUCACACAUUAAAUCUGCAACAGUACUAACCU